AUGGAUUUUCCUCCUCAAUCAUUGGACCCAAAUCUCAUUGAGAAUUUAUGGGAUCAUUUGAAACGAGAGAAAGUGAAACAUGAUCCCACAAGUAAAGAAAACCUAUGGGAUGUCCUUAAUCAAUGCUGGAAUAACCUUAAGCCACUGCCUUAA